AUGACUAUUGAGGAGGAAACGGUUUCAACACAAGUGGCAGAUAAUGGUUUGGAACUUUCACUCUCUGAAGCAGUAAGACCAAAUACAUUGGCAAAUUAUGUAGGUCAGAGGCAUUUACUCAAUGAAGAGGAAGGAAUCUUUGCGAAUUACAUCCGUAUGGGGUAUUUGCCAUCUAUGCUUCUCAUUGGCCCACCGGGAAGUGGGAAAACCACUUUAGCGAGACUAGUAGCGAAAAGCUGUGGCUAUGCCACGUCAAACAUAAUUGAAUUAUCGGCAACAACUUUGACUACGGAAAACAUCAAAAAUUUGGUGAACGACUGCCAAGAGCAACUUGUUGUGUUCAUUGAUGAAAUUCAUAGGCUAAGCAAAGUUCAACAGGAUUGGUUAUUGCCAUUUGUGGAGGACGGAAAAAUUGUAUUGAUUGGCGCAACAACGCUUGAAACUCCGCUGAGACGUAUUCGAAAAGCUAUUUUAUCAAGAUGUCAAGUAUUUCCAUUGCAAAGAUUACAUGACGACGAACUAUUGUCUGUACUACAUUCAGCUAUUGAUUUUGAAAAUCAGAGAAGAAGCAGAAGAAGUAGGAACAACAAUAACACUAACAACGACCGCGAAGAAUUGGGAAAAGCUGAAACAUCAAAAUCCGGCGAGCUUCAAUUUUCGGAUAACGCAUUACUUGGUAUUGUACGCGCAGUCAAUGGCGAUAUACGCGCUGCAAUAAACACAAUAGAAAGGGUUAGCCAUACAUUUAAAACAGGUCAUGAUCACAAAAUUACAAGUGCCGAAAUGAAUUUAGUAUUGAAGACACAUACUCGAGGCCAAACACACUUGAAUGAGUUGUACGAUUUUUUGUUUGCCUCAUUACGUGAAGGGUGCUCGAAGCACGCUCAUGCAAGACUUUCAGUUGGUCUGUCGGCGAUUGAAUCUGGCAAAUAUAAAGGGGAUAUAUCUGAGUAUAUUCAACAAAUGGAGGUCUCUGAUGAUGAGCUUAUUGACAUGGAAAGCAGUGAUACAAGUACCUUUCAAGAUCCUUUGUAUUUGCUUCUACCACGGCAUUUGCUGCUGGUGCAGCUGCAAAUUGAACAAAGCAUCACAAGAUCAAUCUAUCUAUCUCUUUUGAUUUUAAAAGAAGGCGAUACUCCGCAGCAAUUACUUAAGCGAUUAAUCUUGUUUGCAUUUGAGCAUCUUGAUUUAACACCCAGAAUCCUAAGCACUUUCACAUCAUUGUGCAAAAUCAGCAUACAGGAAACACAGGAAACUUUAUCGCGCACGCUUCAUGACCUCAUCCAUCUAAUAGUUUCGGAGGGAACAAUUCUGACCAAUUUGGGAAAUCAUUACCUACAUGCUCGUGAAUACUUUCAACAUUCCAAAAGGAAUCGGGCUAUACCAAAGAACGUUGGCGAGCUUGAAAUAUAUUAUGACGCGGCAGAGUUGGCGAAAGUUGAAGCCCAGCCUCAAGUUUCCUUGUUUCCCGAUAUGGAAAUCCAAAUUACUUCACCUACGAUUACAUUUGACUCACGGGAGAUAGAGCAAGUAGAAAUUGGCUACUCGUGA